GUGACGUCACGGGCCCCGAGCCGCUUGCCUUCCAGAGCGAACUGAGCGCGCGAGAAUGGCGGUCACCAGCGAAGCUCUGGGCCUCUUGGUCACUGAGCUGUACGACGUGCAGGCUUUCAAGUUCGGGAGCUUUGUGCUGAAGAGCGGGCUCACCUCCCCUGUCUACAUCGACCUGCGGGGCAUCGUGUCCCGCCCGCGUCUUCUCAGUCAGGUCGCAGAUAUUUUAUUCCAAACUGCAAAAAAUGCGGAGAUCAGUUUUGACAGUGUGUGUGGAGUUCCUUACACAGCGUUGCCUCUAGCUACAGUUAUCUGUUCAACCAAUCACAUUCCCAUGCUCAUUAGAAGGAAGGAAACAAAGGAUUAUGGUACCAAGCGUCUUGUAGAAGGAGAGAUUAAUCCAGGGCAGACCUGUCUGAUCAUUGAAGAUGUGGUCACCAGUGGGGCCAGUGUUUUGGAAACUGUUGAAGUUCUUCAGAAGGAGGGCCUGAAGGUUACUGAUGCCAUAGUGCUGUUAGACCGCGAGCAGGGAGGCAAGGACAAAUUGCAUGCUCAGGGGAUCCGUCUCCACUCCGUGUGCACAUUGUCUAAAAUGCUGGAGAUUCUCGAGCAGCAGAAAAAAAUUGAUGCUGAGAUGGUCGGGAGAGUGAAGAGGUUCAUUCAGGAGAAUGUUUUCACUGCAGCUAAUCACAAUGGUGUUCCCCCUCCUGAGAAGAAAGCAUGUAAAGAACUCAGCUUUGGUGCACGAGCGGAGCUGCCUGGUGUCCACCCACUGGCCUCAAAACUUCUCAGGCUGAUGCAGAAGAAGGAGACCAAUCUCUGUCUGUCUGCUGAUGUCUCUGAGGCCAGAGAGCUGCUGCAGCUAGCAGAUACCUUGGGACCCAGCAUCUGCAUGCUCAAAACUCAUGUCGAUAUUCUGAAUGAUUUCACCCUGGAUGUGAUGGAGGAGUUGGCAGCUCUGGCAAAACGCCACGAGUUCUUAAUUUUUGAAGACAGGAAAUUCGCUGAUAUAGGAAACACAGUAAAAAAGCAGUAUGAAGGUGGCAUCUUUAAAAUAGCUUCCUGGGCAGAUCUAGUAAAUGCCCAUGUGGUACCAGGCUCCGGAGUUGUGAAAGGCUUGCAGGAAGUGGGCCUGCCUUUACAUCGAGCAUGCCUGCUCAUUGCAGAGAUGAGCUCGGCCGGCUCCUUGGCCACUGGGAACUACACCAAAGCGGCAGUUGGGAUGGCUGAAGAGCACUGUGGAUUUGUGGUUGGCUUUAUUUCCGGCUCCCGAGUAAGCAUGAAACCUGAGUUUCUUCAUUUGACCCCAGGAGUUCAAUUGGAAACAGGAGGGGAUCACCUCGGCCAACAGUACAAUAGCCCUCAGGAAGUGAUUGGCAAGCGGGGUUCUGAUGUCAUCAUCGUAGGCCGGGGAAUACUUGCAGCGGAUAACCGCCUGGAAGCAGCCGAGAUGUACAGAAAAGCUGCCUGGGAAGCUUACUUGAAUAGGCUUUCUGUUUAACGAGAAGACACUGAAGAUGACUGGUACCCCACGAGUCACUGACUCUGGUGCUCAGGGUCCUGCCCAGAGCCAGAGGGAAACAAACUCUGGAGCCAUCGUAUUCUCUUUAACGUGUAAUCACUGCAUUGGUACUAACUAGAAAGAGCUCUUUUUAAAGAUGGUAUUGAUGGUA